GAAUAAUGAAAUGGCCGCGUAGUAUCAAAGGUUAGUGUAUUGUUCACUUUAUCGAUGUAAAUAUACAAAAUUGUUUAGUAGUAUGUUGUGAAACGAAGGUCAAGUUUACAGCAUGCAAAAUACUUUUACUUUAUUGAUGUAGAAAGUGGAAAUUGAUUCGGGAAAAUGUUUAAACCAGAGUCGCAGAAGGGAACUUUCCUAGAACAGACUAAAGCUGCAAGAGAAGAAAGAGCGUUAGAGAAGAAGAAAGAGAAUGCAGCAAUCACAAUCCAGGCACACAUUCGUGGGUGGCUGGCCAGGUGUCAGUUUCGUCUCCUCAUUCUGGAGGAGUAUGACAACGAGAUGAAGACUAUAAAUGAGGAGGUGAAGUUGGCAGACCUGAAGCCAUCUCUCCACAUGUAUAGAAUCAUCCAGCGAUUUCUAAUGGUGUGGAAGAAAGAACGGGAUAAGGAUAGAUUUGAUAAAUUGUGCAGAUACCUGGUGCUCAGCCUGGAGGCAGAGAACGGCCGAGUCAGCUACGUAGGAGUGGCUCUGAACAAAGAGUUCGCCAUCUCCUGGAUAGCUCAUAUUAAGGACAUACUCUGGAAGUGCUGUGAAUACCUGGAGGGUCUGAGACCGGAUGUGCCGUCAGAUACUCGUAGUAUUUUGCUGCUAUUGCACACUCUGGUGUCCUUCACUGCUACCAACACGUGGGCACUGCUGCGAGCCGCUAACAUGGCACCUCUUCGUGCCGGCAUGGCGCAGCUAUGCGCUAACAUCAUGGGCCACCUGUUCAUGCGAGGCUUCUACAUAACACUUAAGGCACUGUUGGUGAAGGGUCUGGCGCGCUCCAAGGUGUGUCUCAAGCACGUCUCCCUCUCCGCAAUCAUGACCCUGGCCACCAGACCUCUGAUCUCCGCCGGUCUCACGGACAAGCUGGUCUCCAUGUUUCUCAUCCACAUCGUCAGUGUACCAGCCCUGAUCCACCACUUGCACACGUUGGCUCCAGAGUGCCUUGGAGUUCUGGAGUCUUCUGACUUCCUCCUGCGAGCCCUGGAGUUGCUGAGUGGUGAGCAGGACAUGAGGAUAGUAUUCAACACCCUGGAGGGUAACUACGCCCUGUGUCUGUUGGCCAACCUGAUACAGUUGGUAUACCUGCAGCGAGAUACCACCUUCCAGCUUAUUCAUUUCCCCAUGUUCACUCUGGUUAUAACACGUCUGCUUGAGUCGUGCCAGCAUUACGUGACGACCAAGCAGUCUAACCUGACCCACUGGAACCCGGUGCUGGGGUGGUUCGCCCAGUCGCUAGACCCCGGCCUACAGGAGGCUAUCCCGCAAGUGAAGGACCAGUUGUUCCUGCUGUGGAGUCAGCCCGUCGUGGCAGCACUGCUCGGCUCCGCUCUGGACCAGGCGUUGGAACAGUUCCCAGAGACCCCUCCACCACCCACACCUCCUCCGAGCAGUAACCUCUUCAAACGUGCCCUCGAGGCCAGGACAAACAGAGCGAAUGCGGCAAAACAACUGCGCAACAAGCUGGGUAGUCCUGAGACGACCAAAGUUGCACUCAUCUGCACUCUCUACCACACUGCACUCAACACACUCACUCAGCUUCGUCUAGAUAUACUGACUGGUCUAUGUUACCAAGACAAGAUCCUCUAUCAGCUGUGGAGGUUUCUGACCUCGCUAGGACCUCACUGUGGUCUCAAGCCCUUCCUCAACCUGCUCUCUGUCAACACCAAGGGUUCUGCUCCAGAGUUCAACAUUCUCAUAUUGUUCGCCGACUGCAUGACGCAUUAUGUAACGAUUCUUGAUGACAUUGAAAUGUAUGAGCAACAGAAACCAUUCACACUGAAUGACUACAUCUCAAUGUCCAGCUUCCUCAACCACUUUCUAUUCACGGGCAUCAUGAAUAAUUAUUUUGAACCGAAAAGUAUAAAACAGCAAUGGUCUGUUCCAUUCGUGCCACACACUGCUGAUGGUGUUGUACCGCAGAGACUGUCGCCGCAGCUACACGCAGCCCGGUCACUGGCUUGUCAAGGAUCUACGUACAUCUGCGUUCAUGGCCGACCUCGACAAAGGCAAGAAGCCCAACCAGGUAACUGCUAAGAGUGUGCAGUUCAAU